UAAAACAUUUAUCGACAACAAUUAUUUGACAAUUUAAUUUAUGCAUGCCAUUGUUCUCUUUAAUUAAAUUAAUCCUCUUCAAGGUAAGGAGAAGUAGAUGAAAGAACAACUUUCUAAUGCAUUCUCAUUCGGAGUUUCAAUCACCCCCGGCCACGGUCAAUCUUAACUAUUUGAGCUAACUUUUGAAAGAAAAAAAUAAAAUAAAAACAGCAAUGUUGAUGAUAAACUUAUGGACCAUGCACCAGCUACCAAAAACAGCAAUGUUGACGAUAAACUUAUGGACCACCAGCUACCAGCUAGGACUAUGGGCGGGCCAAUGAUCUAGCUGACAACGAAGCCAAUCAUACCGGAUCAAUAUUUGGAUCGAAGAAAAGAAAAGGUCGAAUUUAAAUUUUGAUUGGACAGAUUCGAAUUAAAUGAACCAAACUUACUCUUGGUUCGGUUCAAGACCUUUAUUCCCUUUGUUUUUGGUCCGAACCUAUCUCAAUUCGAUCCGGUUUUGGACCACAUCGACCAAUGCCAUACCUACCUCUAGCUAGGACUGGUAGGAGGAGCUUUUUUUUUUUUUUUACAACAAACAUCAUUCAUUUCAUUCCAAACCCAAACAAGUGGGAAGAAUUACAAUUACAAUAAUGGAGCAACAAGGUCAGCAAUGACAGGAGGAACCUGUGACAUCGCAAAUCAAGAGUUCCUGUUCAUGGCGAGGAGAAAGAUCAUUAGUGCUUUAUUUUGUAGGUUACGAAGCUCAUUCCGAUAAGGAAUUAAUGUACAAGCUGAAAUUUGUUGCUCAAUUCCAAAUUUCAUACUAUGAGAACGAAAGUAAAAAACAAUAAAAUAUUAAUAAUUAAUCUUGAGCAUAUGUGUCUUUCAUAUUUUUCAUAAUUAGAUAAGUGUUGGUUGAAUCGAGCGCGGGAUUCUUGUCGUAACUCCUGUAAAAACUAAAUUGACUUUCGGGAACCAAGGGUUAGGGUUUUUUGAUUUUUUGCUUCGAGCUAUCUCAAGCUAUCUCCCUGACUUUGAUACUACUAACCCUCAAGCUAUCUGCCUGACAACUCUCUCUUUUUCUAUUCAAUAACAAGUACUCUCUGUAACUCAAUUGAAUGGUUAUCGAAAAAGAUAGAUGUUCACCCCGCUAUUCUACCCUUUUUAUGUUAUUGUUUUGUUGACCGUUGAGCGAUCAAAGCUCUUGAUUGCCGCGUCUGAUCUUCAUAUCCAGACUCCCCCCUUUUUUUUUUAUUCUUGCUGCUUAUUCUUCUUUCCAUAUUUUCUCGGUGCCAUUGAUGAAGCUUCCUCCAACAAUAAGAUGAUGAGAUAUUUGGAUCAAACCUUCAUUUAUCGAGUAGUGUCGUUACAGAUCAUCAAAUUGUUUCGAAUGAAAAUACGAGACGAUAAAUGAGUUGAUCGAGUCGGCUCAAAUCAUGUUGGGUAGUAGUUCGUAUAUUGAAUGAUGGUGGGUGCCCUCGUAACUUGGCCCAUAGGGACGAUAUAGUUAAAGCCUCUGUGCCUUGUUUUUGGAUACUGGACCACUCGCGUACACCAGGUCCUUUUCUGGUUAUUUAUAAUUUCACCAACUCUAUGGUUGGUUUUUUUUUCCAUUUUAGUUAAGGAGGCGAUAGGCUAUGAAAUCUGCAGAAGAUGUCAUCUUAAGAAGAUGUGGUAAUGAGAGAGACUAUUCAUGGCAUGAGGAGGGUGGUUGUUUGUACGUAAUGUCGGGGAUGCAUGUCUUAGAUAAGUUUUGAACAUGAGUUGUGUUGGAUGUGUCAAAAAUCCUAAUCCACAAUUCUACUAUCUCUACACAAUUCCAUAAGUCUCAAGACUACAAGCUCUACAUCCAUCUGCCAACUACCACCUACAUCAAUAACUAUACUAAAAUAAUUGAAAUAAUCUGCAACCAUACUCUAAACCUACCCAUCAUCUAAAUAUCAGGAUAUUAUGUCUUGUAAGUGGCGGUUGCCACUAGUAUAAACAGAAGCCUUUGUUAGGCUUGAAAGAAGUAGAGAGAGCCGGAGAGCAUAAGCUCCUCUUAAAGGGUUAAGACAAUAAACUUGCAUGAUCCAAAUGUGAAAGAAAAUGUACGUUGAGUGUUAGCGAACUAACCGUUUGGUCUCAAUAACUCGAGUUGUUGAGAAAGGGAUAAUUAAAUUUUUUAACCUAUUAUAUUGAAUGUUUGUGAGAGUGGAAGCAGAACAAUAGAAUAAGAGUCACAGUUCUUAUUAAUGCAAACCCUUAACUAUUAUGAAGGCGGUUCACAACGUAUAACAAAACAAAUUGCAGUAACGAAGGCGUUCUGGUUCACCUGGCUUUGUCUUUGUUCUUUUGAGCUCACACGUUUUAUAUAUGAGCUUCUUGACUCUCAUGUACAAUUUCCUUUAUUUUUUUAUUAUUAUAUUCAAUCCCCUUCAUCAAAAACUUGCAGGAAGAAGCGAGCAGUGGACUCGAUGAAGAACAUAAAAAAGAAUUAUAGGGUUUUGAAGAGUUUAAGAUCAUAGUUUUGAUAUCAUAUUAGGUGACCAGCCAUGAUUUCAUCGAUUUUGAACAAGGGUAUAUUUAUACCCAAGGAAUUACAUAGAAGACUAGCUAGAUACAAAAGUGCAAAGGAAUUUAAGGACUUGUUUGUCCGUACUACUUUCCAUACAUGGGUUUAGGGAUGACAAUACGGUCCGGUCCGGUUAAAUUGGAACAAAAUUGAUCUGGUCUCAGUCCGGUCUUUUCGCGAAUAUAAGAACAAAAAAUUGGAUUGGAUACAAUCCGGUCUUGAUCCGGUCUUAACCCGGUCCGGUCCCAAUUUGAUCUUGAUUUUAGGUGUUAGGAGUCUCUUAUCCGGUCUUUAUCCAGGUUUUUUUACCUCAAAUCCAAGCCCGAAUAUGAGAUUGGAUUGUUUGCUAUCCGGUCCCAGUCCGGUCCCGAUCCAGGUUAUACGGUCCGGUUUCGGAUAAAACCAAACAAUCCGGACCAAAUAGCCGGUCCUAUGAAAGAGUUUGGUCUACAUUUCACGCAUGAUCGUCUAAGACCAGCCUUUCUUGGCGACCAUUAUAGUUAAUGUCGUCUCGUCGGUCGUGGACUUGUGCAAGUUCACCGUCCAUACGGUGCCAGCACUACUCAUGGUCCUUUUCGAGCAAAGAAAGAGUGAAGAAGAAGAAGAAGGAGUGCGUUCUCCCAAAAAUGGAGGUUGGAGGUUCUCUUCCCGUUCCCAAUGUUCAACAGCUUGCUUCGAGCUCCGAGGGCGUGCCCGUUAGGUACAUACGUCCUGAACUCGAGCUCGAACGAGUUUCUAAUGACGAGUAUGAUCGAAUUCCACUGAUCGAUAUGAGCAAGCUGAAUGAUAAUGUUCGUGAUGAUGGCGAUGAUGAGGCCGCUAAACUACAUUCGGCUUGUAAGGAUUGGGGAUUCUUCCAGGUGAUCAAUCAUGGGGUUGCCGAAGAGGUGAUCCUGAAAAUGAAGGCGGAUAUUCAAGAGUUUUUCAGCCAACCAUUGGAAGAGAAAAUGGAAUAUGCACAACUGCCAAAUGGGAUUGAAGGAUACGGCCAAGCGUUCGUUGUGUCGGAAGAGCAGAAACUUGAUUGGGGUGAUAUGUUAUACAUCAAUGCACAACCUAUUAAUCGAAGAAACAUGAGGUUGUGGCCAUCUUCGUUGAGGGCAUCUCUUGACCAGUAUUCAAUAGAACUGGAAAAAGUAGCUAGAAGCUUGAUGACUUCCAUGGCUAAGAACCUUGGAGUGGAGCCCGAAAAGCUGCUCGAUUUGUUCAAAGAAGGUGUGCAAACGGUGAGAAUGAACUACUAUCCGCCAUGUGAGCAAGCUAGCAAGGUCAUAGGUAUUGCCCCACAUUCCGACGGCAGUGGAUUGACUCUUUUGAACCAAGUGAAUGAAGUACAAGGUUUGCAAAUCAAGAAGGAUGGAAAGUGGGUUCCCGUUGAUCCCAUUCCAGGUGCAUUCAUUGUUAAUGUCGGCGAUAUUAUUGAGAUUAUGAGCAAUGGAGUAUACAAGAGCAUAGAGCACAGAGCAUUAGUGAACCAUAAAAAGGAGAGACUGUCAAUCGCAGCGUUUCACGAUCCAAACGUAGACGCUAUGAUUGGGCCAUUGCCAAACCUUCACACCCUAGAUCAAGAGAAACAAGCACCAAAUUAUAAAUCCAUAUCGCACCAAGAUUUUAAGAAGCUUGGGAGGAAGAUGAAACUCGACGGCAAAAACAAAGGCUUGAUUCAAUAUCUGAAAAUACAAACAGAAAAAGAGCAAUGAAUUCCAAGCCCCUCCAAGGUCAAAAGUAGCCGAAAAGUUCAGACCUAAUAAUCAUGCUAAUGGUAUGUUUUUCUUAUGAAUAAUCAUGCUAAAGGAAUGUUAGUUGUUAAGAAGAAGUGAAAUUGCAGCAGCUGAAGAAGUCCUUAUCCUACUUGGAAAAGGAUCGAAAGUGACGCCAAGUUCAUAAGUAUCAGUGUCAAUAAAAGGAACAAUGACAUUUUCGUUCACUGUUUGUUGAGUCUCUCAUUUGAUUUAUUGUUAGUUGAGUCUCUCAUUUCAUUUCUAAUAAAACUUGUCAGAUUGCAAGUCUAUUGAGCCUUUAUUGUUGUAUUAGAGUUCAAGCAAGCUAUAACCAAGCUAUCAAGUAGGCUUUCUAAGAUUCGAUGGUGAUUAUUAUCAUUGGAUUCUAUAGAUGGAGAAUCUGCUUUGCUCAAAAGAGUACUUGCCGGAGUGUGGUACAAACCAUAUUCAAAGAAACAAAUGCCGAUGCAACCCUGUCUGAAGUUGAAAGCCAAGAACUAUCUCUUCAAUUCCAUUGCUUUUAGGAUUGGGGGAAUGGCGAUUCUUCUGCGGAUUCUUCUGCGGAUUGGGGGAAUGGCGAGGGCGGCGAGAGAAGCCAUUGCUUUUAGGAUUGAAGAUUGUUCCGACUGAUUCAAUAUCGGCGAUUGAGUUGAGUGGAUAAUUUUUUAAGUUAAGAAUUAUGGAUAUAUAGGUACUGAUGAUGAUAGCCCAUAAAAAAAGAUAUAUAGGUACAGAUAUGGAAGGGAAGGGUCCGCAGUCGUUUUUUCCUCUCUACUUUUUGGAGUCUCUUUCCGUCUUCUCACUGUCUUUAUGUGGUGACGUUUCAUCUUCCCAAGUGUUUGGAGCGUAUUUCUUGAUUUCAAAUUUAUCUCCCUCGGAUCAUCUUCAUCUUCUCACAUGCAUGUACAAAAUCACAGGAAUAUGACACAUAAUAAACCACCCUAAUAUAUAGAAUGUGAGAUUUUGCCUCCAUGAAAUUAAACUAUUUGCAUAGUGUUUAUAUUAGUAAUAAAAUUAAAAUCAAUUAGAAAAUUGACCAUCACAUAAAACCACGUUGGACAUGUUGCUCGGUAAAUCCUAGUCACUCUCACGAGCUUGGAGUUGAAAAUCUCACACCCGUAAAAUGUGUCAGUUUCAUAGCAUUGAUUGUUUACAAAUUGAAACAACCUUACAUAACUUAAGUAGGAACAAAGCUAGCAGUACAUCAUAUCAGAUACCCUGUAACAAAAGUAAAAAGCAGCCAAAGCAUUACAUCUGUCUAAUUCAACAACCAUCCAUAACACGGUCAGAUCUUUCUAAUUAAUGCUUAAGUUUAGCUGUCUGUAGUCCACACCGAUGCAUCAUCAUAUUCUGAUUGAAAAAUACACAAGCACAAACAAAAAUGCACGUUGGCAUUAGAGGCUGCUGGUUCCUUGGUUUCUCGUUUAGCUCGACCCAUUCCUACCAACACCAACUCAGUUCAUUUAGUCUUUAUUAAAUGAGAGGCAAAAGAGAAAGACCAGCAACAUGAUUUUUGGGGAAAUUUGAUGUCCAACGUAUAUGCUAUCAUUUUUAGCUAAGAUCACUAAUUUUGAAGAAGGCGAAUAACUAAUUUUUAACUCGCUGUCGCCCUAUUUCAGAAGCGGGUUCAGCGUUCUCAACCCCUUAACUAUUGAUGAAGAGACCCACCUCGGAAGAUCAGAUACCAGUCUAUGCAAUCGAUGAGCUCAAUCCACUAUUCCACAAAACACAAUCACCGAAGAGAUGCAAAACCCUAUUUCUUCCAUUACCCGACAUUGCACUCGCCGUCGAAAGGUUUCAGAAUCCGACUCGCCCUCGUACUGUUUCAAAAUUUGUCUUGCCGUCACCCCCUGCUCGCAGCCUUCAUUAUCGUCGAGGAGAUUUUUUUUAUUGAAGUCACUGAAAAGAAUCGGAAGUUGGAACGGAGAAGUCGACUGAAGCUGGUUUU